UGCAAAUGUGCUCACAAAGGCUAACGCAGAACAAGACUGUUUUGCAAGAAUUUCUGAGGAGCGGCAAGCUGACCCUGGUGCAGACAGAAGGGAACAAGCAGCUCAAAGAGAAUAAGCGUUUGCAAACACAAGCUCGCAAGGUUGUUCUCGAUGCAAAAACACAAAGUCAACAAAAAUAUUACGAGUGUGAAAACAACCAGUGAGUUCGAGGCUGCAGUUGUUUUGCAGCCGAUUCAAGAACCAGGUGCCAAGCAUGACAAAAGCCAGGUGUUCGAUCGGGCCGCAUGUGCCCCAAGCUCCGGAUGACGCGCGCAAAUCACAACAAAAAUGUACCACCACAUGUUUCAAUGGCUAAUGACAUAGUUUCACUUUACUUUCGUGUAUCGUUGGUCGAAAAGGUUCGCUUGCCCGCUACCAGUGCGCGAAUCCAUUUCUGCGGCUUGGGUUUCUUUUAUCUUCCACUGUUAUGUUUUGAGUCACCACCUGUCAUUUGUCCGUUUCCACCACAUGUGGUUUAAAAAAACAAGUAUAUACAUAUAGCGCUAAAUGGAUCAAGUUUAGAAUCCUUUAGUUGUCAAACAUGGCGGAGGGCAGUGACGAGAGGUUCGAUGGCGUCCUGUUGAACAUCGCACAACAGUCGGGUUCCAUCGACAGCAUCCUGGACGCUUUCUUCGGCUUCUUGCAGAGGAAGACAGACUUUUUCACCGGGGCGCAGGAUGAGCAGGCAGCUGAACAGAUGGUGCUCAAGUACUACAAGAAACAUUGGAAGGUUGGACAGAAGAAGCGGCAGGAGCAGCAGGAGCGCAAUCGAGCUGCUGAUGAAGAGAGAAAAAGGAAAGCUGAGGAGAAGAAGCAGAAGGAUGAAGCAGAGUACCGAAAGCGGAUGGAGGAGGCGGAAAAGAGGAAAGCCGCACCCCAAAUAGAGGAAGUCACAGACGAAGAAGCUAGCAAGAUCAAGGCUAGCAAAGAAAAGGAUGACGAAGAGGCAAAUGAUGAAGAUAAAGAGGAUAAAGAGCCUCCUCCACUUGGCAAUGGGGGCACCACAGACAAAUACACCUGGACACAGACGCUUAGCACGCUGGAGGUCUUUGUUCAUGUGCCACCAGGGGUGAAGGCCAAGGAGAUCGUUUGUGACAUUGGAGGAGAUACCUUGAAACUAGGUGUCAAAGGAGCGCCUCUGAUUUUGAAUGGCAAGAUGCAUUCAAAGGUGAAGCCUGAUGACUGCAUGUGGACCUUGAUCGACAACAAGACGGUGCAAAUUACAUUGGAAAAGUUCGACAACAUGAAGUGGUGGAAUUGUUUGAUGGAGGGGGACCCUGGCAUUGACACCAAGAAGAUUGUUCCAGAGAACUCCAAACUGUCUGACCUGGACGGCGAGACUAGAAUGACAGUGGAAAAGAUGAUGUACGAUCAAAGGCAGAAAUCUUUGGGGAAACCCACUUCCGACCAGGAGAAGCAGCAUGAGCUGCUGGAAAAAUUCAAAGCAGUUCAUCCAGAGAUGGACUUCUCCAAGGCCAAGAUCAACUAUGGUGGUGGCGGAGGCUUUAACAUGUAGACUACCACACCACUGGAUCAGCAAGUGCCAAACAGCUUGGGUUGCAGAUGUGCCCUGCAAUGUCAGUGCGAUCUCGAGGGUCAAAAGUCUCAAGCUUUGUCGCAGAAGGCUUUCCA